AUAAAGUAAAAGAAAAUUUGGAGGACCUGCGUAUAUAUACGAGAGAGAGAGGGGGGGGGAGAGAGAGUCACUUCAACCAUCUCCUCCUACGAUCCUCGAUCUCGAGAGGUAGGGAUACAAUUGGAUUCGUUCAUGGACGAAAGUCACGCGAAGCAGAUCCUCGAGCAGCAAGUGCUGACCGUGGCCAGGGCCGUCGAGGACAAGAUCGAUGACGAAAUUGCGGCACUCGAUCGGCUGGACCUCGACGACUUCGAGGCCCUGCGGGAGCGCAGGUUGCAGCAGCUGAAGAAGAUGGCCGAGAAGCGGAGCCGCUGGCUCUCCCUGGGCCACGGUGAGUACACUGAGAUCCCCGAGAAGGAAUUCUUCGCCGCUGUCAAGGCCAGCGAUCGUGUUGUCUGCCAUUUCUACCGCGAGAAUUGGCCUUGCAAGGUGAUGGACAAGCAUCUGAGUAUUCUUGCAAAGCAACAUAUAGAGACACGCUUUCUGAAAAUUCAUGCUGAGAAAAGUCCCUUCUUGACUGAGAAGCUCAGGAUCAUCGUACUACCUACUCUUGCUCUUGUAAAGAAUGCCAAAGUUGAGGAUUAUGUGGUUGGUUUUGAUGAGCUUGGAAGCACCGAUGACUUCAGUACAGUAGAGCUGGAGGAACGAUUAGCCAAGUCGCAAGUUAUCUCCUUCGAGGGUGAAGCAUCAUCUUAUCCAACCAAGUCCAACAAAACCAAGAGAAGUGUCCACCAAUCCGAAACAGCUGACUCGUCUGACUCUGAUUAAUCCUAUGCUUACGUCAGUUUAUUCAAUGGAAUUAGUGAAAAAUAUUCCACCCGUUUAUUCUUGAUAUUAUGCAUCUGUCUCCAGAGAAUUAUUUAGCUUCACCCACGCUGUCGUGGGAUUGAACCUUUGAUUUCAUGAUAUUGAGAGAUGCCUUUGGGAUUGAACCUUGAAGUUUUCUCGAGUGAUGUCGCCUCUCCAAAUCAGGUGACACAAAUCAAGUAAGAAAAGUUUCUGGGGUAAUGUUUCUUUUCUUACAAGAUAUUGGAGUGACGUUUCUUUGCUUGACUGAAGGUCUUGCCUAAUUUAUAGAAGUUUGAUGUUAUGAUCUCAA